AUGGGCGAAUCGAGAACUGAACUCUUAGCGUGGCUCAACGAGCUUCUGCAGACCUCUUACGUGAAAAUAGAACAAUGUGGGACGGGAGGCGCGUACUGUCAGAUUAUAGAUUCAAUCUAUGGCGACGUGCCAAUGUCUCGUGUCAAGAUGAAUGCGAAGCACGAAUAUGAGUUUUUAGCUAAUUACAAAAUUCUGCAAAAUGUUUUCAAGGCGCAUAAGAUAGAUAAGCCAAUACCGGUGGAGCGACUCGUUAAAUGCAAGAUGCAGGAUAACCUUGAGUUCCUUCAGUGGUUGAAAAAGUAUUGGGAUCAAAAUUAUGGUGGCCAGCCUUACGAUGCGAUCGCUCGACGAAAAGGCGUUACCCUGGAUACACCUGCUACUAUUGCCCCUGUGUCACGACCUCCGGUAGUUGGCGCGGCAACGAAUCGAGCGGCUACAAGGACACCUUCGGGAGUCCGCGCCGGGUCUUCAGCUGCAUCAAACGAGUUCGUUCUCAAUUUGCAGAAUCAGCUGCGUGAGGCGAAUGUCCAAAUGGAAGGGCUGGAGAAGGAAAGGGAUUUUUACUUCGCGAAGUUACGGGAUAUCGAGAUCUUGUGUCAGAACCAGCUAGAAGUACUUGAAGCCCAAAGUCAGGAUGAUCCAACUUUAAGGGAAAUCCAAAAAAUCUUAUACAGUGUAAGUGAAUUGAUAUACUCCUUCUCUUGA